AGACUACCAAGUCAUCUAUAGAAAUUAUUAGUAAAAUGUCAAUAAAUUGGCUACAAAGGGCGUUACCUUAUUUACCUAAAAACGUUUUAAACGCAUCAACAAAUCCAGCAUCUGGAAAGGGUUUCUAUCGUGUAGUUUUGACUAGAUCUGCUAUUGGUUUACCAAAGGAAUCACAGCGUACAUUAGAAGCACUUGGUUUAAAUAAGAGAAUGUCGGUCGUCUUACAUCCACAUUCAGCUGAUACCGCAGGUCAACUUCUUAGAGUAAAGGAACUGGUAAAAGUUGAUAAUAUCUAUGGAAAUGAUCUAGUACAGGGUAGAGUUAGAUCCAUUAGUGGCCCUUCAUCUGGUUUCGAAAACAUCGGUAAUUCACAAGAUAGAAGGCGGUGGUAGAUUCUUUCAAUCA